AUGGCCAAAAUAAAGAGAAAGGGAAAGACUGGAAAUGCAAAGAACUUUGUCACUAGAGCGAAGGCUUUGAAAAAGCUUCAGAUUACUCUUGCUGAUUUCCGUCGUCUUUGUAUCUUCAAGGGUAUCUAUCCCAGAGAACCAAGAAACAAGAGGAAAGCCAACAGAGGUUCAACUGCUCCAACCACUUUUUACUAUGGUAAAGACAUUCAGUACUUGAUGCACGAACCUGUUUUGGCUAAGUUCAGAGAGCACAAGACAUUUGCUAAAAAGUUGCUGAGAGCUUUGACUAGAAACGAAAUUGCAGAUGCUGAAAAAUUGGAGGAGCACAGACCAAAAUACACACUCAACCACUUGGUCAAGGAGAGGUACCCCUCUUUCGUCGAUGCCUUGAGAGAUCUUGACGAUCCCUUGAAUAUGUUGUUCUUGUUCGCCAACAUGCCUGCCACAAAGGGUGUGAGCCAUAGGGUUGUCAAGGACGCUCAAACCUUGACUAACCAGUGGCUCGCAUACUGCGCUAAGGAGAGACUCAUAAAGAAGGUUUUCGUCUCCAUCAAGGGUGUCUAUUACCAGGCUGUAGUUAAGGGCCAGGAGGUCAGAUGGUUAGUCCCAUUCAAGUUCCCUUCCAACAUUCCUUCCGAUAUUGACUUCAGAAUCAUGGUUACCUUCUUGGAAUUCUACUCCACCUUGUUGCAUUUCGUCUUGUUCAAGUUGUACAAUGAUGCUGGCUUGGUCUACCCUCCACCAAUCAACAUGGAGCAGUUGAAGGGUAUUGGCGGUUUGUCCGCAUACGUCUUGCAGUCGAAGGACCAAGGUGUUAACAAAUUGCUUCUCUCUAAGGACGAGACCGAAGAGACUGACGAGUCUGCUCCAGGCACAACUUUGUCGACUGAGGAGCUCGAGAAGGCUAAAAGAGCUGAUGAAGAGGAUGCUCAAGAAGACGAAGAGGUCGAGGACGUCGAGACUGUCGAGCUAGAUCAAUUUGCAUCAACAAACAAGGAAACGGGUGACGUUUUGGCUCAGCCGUCGAAGUUCUCCCAUCCCACUUCUACCUUGUUCUCCAAAUUUUUGUUUUUCAUUGGUCGUGAGGUUCCAAUGGACAUUUUGGAGCUUUGCAUCUUAUCAGCUGGUGGUAACUUGAUCUCAGAAAUUGCUUUGGAUGAGAUGAAGGUCAACCAACCAGAGGCAUACUCAAAGUUGGAUUUGAGCAAUGUUACACAUCAAAUUGUCGAUAGACCAAAGGUUAAUGCUAAGGUGGCAGGCCGCACCUAUGUCCAACCUCAAUGGGUUUUCGAUUCCAUCAACAAAGCUGAGCUUUUGCCAGUCAAUGAAUACGGACCUGGUGAAACCCUUCCACCCCAUAUGUCCCCAUGGGGUGAUUCUGGUGCUUACAACCCUGAUGCCGCUAUCACUGACGAUAUCGAGGGAGAGGAGUCUGAUGAAGAGGUGGAUGCAAACGAUGAAGAAGACGUCGAGGAGGAAGAUGAGGCUGCUCGUGAACAAAGAGAAUUGGAGUUGGAGGCUUCAGGUGUUAAGUUCUCCGACAGAUCCGAGGAGAAAGACAAGAAGAGAAAGAGAAGUGCUAAGUCUGCUGAAGAGGAGGAGAAGGAGUUGAAGAAGAUCAUGAUGUCCAACAAACAGAAGAAGUUGUACAACAAGAUGCAACACGGUAUUGAGAAGAAGGACAACAGAACUGAACUGUUGACCAAAAAGAGAAAGCAGAUCGAGAAGACGAAGAAGCAAUUGGAGAAAUUGAACAAGAAAUAG